GGCCCGCUGCUCCGGUCCCACCGGGUGAUCAGCCUGGAGCAGUUCAUGGCGGAGCUGGCGCCCCGGCACUGGCCCCCGGGCAGGCGGGUCGCUUACUGCUUCGAGGCGGCGGCGCAGAGGAGUCCGGACAAGAGCACCUGCCCCAUGAAGGAUGGAAAUCCAUUUGGUCCCUUCUGGAAUCAGUUCCAAGUGGAUUUUGAUAAGUCUGAGCUCUUCAAGGGAAUCUCCUUCAGUCCUGCAUACAAGGACCAUUGGAUCCAAAGGUUUCCACCAUCCCAGCACCCUGUACUGGCCCUCCCUGGGGCUCCAGCCCAGUUCCCAGUCCUGGAGGAGCACCGGCCGCUGCAGAAGUUCAUGGUGUGGUCUGAGGCGAUGGUGAAGAAGGGAGAUGCCUACAUCCAGUCCCUGCUGGUCAGGCCCUACGUGGGGAUUCACCUGAGGAUCGGCUCAGACUGGAGGAACGCCUGCAACAUGCUGCGGGACGGCGCGGCCGGGCCGCACUUCAUGGCCUCCCCGCAGUGCGUGGGCUACGAUCGCGGCGCGGCCGCUGCCCUGACGGCCCAGAUGUGCCUGCCCGACCUGCGCGAGAUCCGGCGCGCCCUGCAGCUCUGGGUAACCAGCACCCGGGCACGCUCCGUGUACGUCGCCACCGACUCGGAGCCCUACACGGCCGAGCUGCAGCAGCUCUUCCAGGGAAAGGUCAAGGUGGUGAGCCUGCAGCCCGAGGUGCCCCAGGUGGAUCUCUACAUCCUUGGCCAGUCCGACCAUUUCAUCGGGAACUGCGUCUCCUCGUUCACCGCCUUCGUCAAGCGGGAGCGUGACGUGCAUGGAAAGCCCUCCUCCUUCUUUGGCAUGGACCACCCACCACGGCUGCGGGAUGAGUUCUGA